CUUCGGCAGUCUAACACGUGUCCAAUUUAAUUAAGGUUCAAAUUACAUCCAUCCAAGUCCCGAGUCCCGACUGUGUUUUGGCCCGUAAUAGGUCGGAUCUGUGAUCGCUUCAUUCUCAUUUCCAAUCAAUUUGCUCUCUGACCACUUCACAGAGUGACACAGAGAUAAAGAGAGUCUUCGGAAAGGUGGGGAAGACCUGAGAUCAUCUAAAAUUCAUCCUCACGAUGUGGAGACGGGCUUCCUCUCACCUCCAAACCCUAGUGCCAUGGCGAUCUGCUCUCAAUCUCAACCGCUCCGUUAUCGCUGGAGAGAAAGCUUUAAGAAACCGAGUUCUCAAUUCAGGGUCGUCGCCUUCCGCGUUCCAGAGAACUGCCCCUCUUUUCUCUAACCAGUUCAGUUCUGAAUCUGGCGCCGUUCUAUCUAAUGAAAAGAAGAGAGUAGAGGAUGUAAUGCCUAUUGCCACCGGGCAUGAGCGGGAAGAGCUCGAGGCAGAGCUCGAGGGGCGGAGAGUUCUCGAAAUUGAUUAUCCUGAAGGUCCUUUUGGCACCAAGAUAAUGAAGAGGCGUGACCUAGACUUACAUGGUCAAAAUGUUGGUUAUAUAGACAUUUACCAAUUAAGGAAGCACCUUCUAUCAUCAAGUCUUACUUCGACAAGAGAAUUGUUGGGUGUCCUGGGGGUGAAGGCGAGGAUGAGCACGAUGUUGUUUGGUUUUGGCUGGAGAAAGGCAAGCCUCAUGAAUGCCCUGUGUGUACUCAAUAUUUCGAGCUGGAAGUGGUAGGUCCAGGAGGUCCACCAGAUGGACAUGGAGAUGAUGAUCAUCAUCAUUGAUGCAGUGUGCAACUUUCCUGCUAUAAUAAGAUCUGGUCUGAUGCUGGGAUGAUUUGUGUCAUACAUUGUAGCUACAAACGCCUUUUUGGUUUGUUUAGGUGAAUCUUCAGUUUUCUUGCACUCUUCCGACCAUAUUUGGGUCGGUGAUUUUUUGGUUUCUUGGCUUCAUAAACCAGUGAAGCUUUGGAUUUUUUUUAGCCUCGUAGUUGCAUCAUCAAAUAAUUGAUGGCUACAUUGUGUUUCUUCAUUGAAAUCUCCUCUCCCAAAUUAAUGGAAUACACAAGACUUUCAUUUUCUUCGA